GGUAGGAGGAGGAGUAUGGGUGCGCACAGCUCGGGUUUUUUGAACGGGCUCUAAAGCAGCGGUGUAACCGAUCCCAGCUGCUACUGUGUGGGGAAUUGAGAGCUAUUCCCGUCCCCCGUAUGUUGAUCACGUGUCCUUAGGGGACGUUUGCUUUGGGGAUCACUUUGGGAGGUAAUCGCAGCGCACCGGUGCGCGUAGCCAAUUUGGAGAGAAACAUCCUUAAUAAUAAUCGUAAUGAUCCACCGGAGGAUCAACCGGAUCACUUUUGUUUCGGGGCGUUGUCAUACACCCUGUACACUGGCUUGCUUUACACAGAUCAGUAAGGGACUGGCACUCUUUGUGUGCUCCGUGACUCACUGACUUGUCAAAACUUCUGCGCUUACGAACCGCGAUCUUUACUGCGAGCAUCACAUUGUUGCCAUCUCCUGCAACGAGUCGACGUACGGAGCUGUCACUGCGAGCCGAGCCCAUCAACGUCCACAGUGGUGCUGCUCAUUGCUAACUAGGCUGCCUCCAAGCCCACAGGUAAUUGGCCAGCUUCCGUGGGAUUUGAUGUCACCUUUAGAUUGGUUUAACUGAAGAUGGAAACACUGGAGUCUGAGCUGACCUGCCCGAUCUGCCUGGAGUUGUUUGAAGAUCCUCUGCUCUUGCCUUGUGCCCACAGUCUGUGCUUUAACUGUGCUCACCGCAUCCUGGUGUCUCACUGCUCCACCAGCAAGCCCCUCGAAUCCAUUUCUGCCUUUCAGUGUCCCACCUGUCGUUACGUCAUCACGCUGAAUCACCGCGGCCUGGAGGGCCUUAAGCGCAAUGUGACGUUGCAGAACAUCAUUGACCGCUUUCAAAAGGCCUCCCUUAGCGGCCCCAAUUCUCCCACAGAGAGCCGUCGCCUGCAGCCGCAGCGACCCUACACCGCCACCAUUAGCGGUACAAUAGCUGGAACGAUUGGCGGCGGCGGUGGCACAAGUGGAGGCAGCGCUCGUAGCAGCCCAGCCACUUCCAGCCACUCCCACCAGCACGCCAACCACACCAAUCACAUCAACCACACCAACGCUAACCACAGCCCAGCUGUUGUUGCUAAAAUGGAUCCGCGGAUCAGCUGCCAGUUCUGUGAGCAGGAUCCGCCACGCGAGGCCGUCAAGACUUGCGUCACAUGUGAGGUAUCGUACUGUGACCGCUGCCUGCGUGCAACACACCCCAACAAGAAGCCCUUCACCAGCCACCGCUUGGUGGAGCCAGUGCCAGACACCCACAUCCGUGGCUUGACCUGCCUGGAGCAUGAGAACGAGAAGGUCAACAUGUACUGCUUGGUGGAUGACCAGCUCAUUUGUGCCCUCUGCAAGCUCGUGGGACGCCACAGAGAGCACCAGGUGUCCUCCCUCACUGAACGUUUUGACAAACUCAAGGCUUAUCAGGUGAGCCCGGGCAGAGUGUCAGAUGCAGUAAUGGAGGCUUCAAAGACAAGCGCUGCGCAAACUCUGGAGAACAACCUAACCAACUUGGUGAAGAGGAACAGUGAGCUGGAGAACCAAAUGGCCAAGCUCAUUCAAAUCUGUCAACAGGUUGAGGUGAACACAGCCAUGCAUGAAGCUAAGCUGGUAGAGGAGUGUGAUGAGCUGGUGGAGAUCAUUCGCCAGAGAAAACAGGUCAUCGCCGUGAAGAUCAAAGAAUCCAAGGUGAUGAAACUGCGCAAGUUGGCUCAGCAGAUUGCAAAUUGUCGCCAGUGUUUGGAGCGCUCCAGUGCCCUGAUCACACAGGCUGAGCAGAGCUUGAAGGAGAACGACCACGCCCGCUUCCUUCAGACUGCCAGAAAUGUCGCCGAAAGGGUUGCAAUGGCCACGGCUUCCUCUCAGGUGCUCAUCCCAGAUGUCAACUUGAACGAGGCGUUUGACAACUUUGCUCUUGACUUCUCCCGAGAGAAGAAGAUUCUGGAAGGACUAGAUUACCUAACAGCUCCCAACCCUCCAUCAAUAAGAGACGAGCUGUGCACCGCCUCCCACGACACCAUCACUGUUCACUGGACGUCUGAGGACGAGUUCAGCGUCACCUCCUAUGAGCUGCAGUACACGAUCUACACAGGCCAAACAAACUUCAUCAGCUUGUACAACUCUGCAGACAGCUGGAUGAUCGUACCUAACAUCAAGCAGAACCACUACACGGUGCACGGCUUGCAGAGUGGCACCCGUUAUAUCUUCUUCGUCAAGGCUAUCAACCAAGCAGGAAGUCGCAACAGUGAGCCAGCCCGCCUCAAAACCAACAGUCAACCUUUCAAGUUGGACCCAAAAACAGCCCACAAGAAGUUACGUCUGUCCAACGACUGCCUGACCAUGGAGAAGGACGAGAGCUCGCUGAAGAAGAGCCACACCCCGGAGCGCUUCAGCGGAACAGGCUCCUAUGGAGCUGCUGGUAAUGUCUUUAUUGACAGCGGGUGUCACUACUGGGAGGUGCUACUCGGAGCAUCCACAUGGUAUGCCAUCGGCGUGGCUUACAAAUCAGCCCCAAAAAACGAAUGGAGCGGCAAAAACUCAUCCUCGUGGGUGUUCUCACGUUGCAACAGCAACUUUAUGGUGCGGCACGAUGGUAAGGAGAUGCUGGUGGAGGCGAGUCUGCAGCUGAGGCGGCUGGGUGUCCUGCUGGACUACGACAACAAUUCGCUGUCCUUUUACGAUGCCAUGAAUUCCCAGCAUAUCCACACCUUUGAAAUCUCCUUCCUCCUACCUGUUGUACCCACUUUCAUGAUCUGGAACAAGUCAGUCAUGAUACUCUCAGGGCUACCUGUCCCCGAUUUUGUCGAUGGUGUGGCCUCGGAUCUUCAAGAGCACCAACAGCAGCAAAUGGGGAUGUGCCGGCAAGACUCGCCAUACUUGACCGGGAUGAAGGCCUGCCACUGAGUGGUCGUGUGACUGUAAAUGCGAUUAAAACACUGACACGGUGGCUCAUGUUAGCUAGUUACUUUCAUAUGGGUUUAAAAAGUUGCAAAUAUGCACAGCAGUCUGGAAAAAUGUCAGUCCGGUUAGUUUGUAGCCAUCCAAUAUUUUGCAAAUCCAUCAUCAACGAAUGGGAAUGAGGUCUUUUGACUGCAGCCAUCAGCAUACGUAAAGUCCAUCCGAUGCCCUGCAGUGACUGACAGAGAAAGCUUUGGUGUCCUGUAUUUUCAGGACCAUUUAAGGUCUUCCUUUUUUCAUCUGUGUUUCACUCCAGGCAGAAGACCAAAGUGAGAAUCUUCAUGUCAGCCAUUUAAAGUUUGAAGGUGCAGCACAUGAACAGUGAAACUACUUAACCUGUGGUAGAUUAUGAGAAAGACAGAAAAGGAAAAAUAUACAGAGAAAAAUGAAUAGAAAACCGAUUGAUGCUUUCACCACAGCAGUGCAAAGUGCCAUCCACCGAUCCAUAAUAGUUAUCAAACAGGUGGAUGGAAAGGCCAUAGCAGAUGCUUAGAAUCACAAUUUUUUGCUGUAUCGAACCAGUAAGUGAGCCUCCUCAUUUCCUGAGUAUCAGGGACACUGUUGUUCCCAAAAAAGCCGAUCUUUUAAUGUCUUGAUUAUAAAUUACCCUUCUCUCUAAGGGGACAAGUAAACACAAACCUACCAGCAAAUUACCCCACACUUCAUUUCAGAGCGUCUGGAUCCCCUCCAGCGUUAGGGUCAAGCAGUCAGGAUUUGUCUUUAGUUUAUCGUCUGUUUUAGUAGUGUGAAAAUUGAUGCCACUUUCAUGUCUGUUAUUGCAGCAAGCAGCCGAGCUGGCCUUGUAGCAUAAAUUGUGGAAGCUCCAACUUUCAAGCUGCAGAACGUAACCUUCUGAUCAUAAGUGUCUAAAGUGUUUAAAUUUCUCUUUUAUUACAGAUUUAACAAAAGUGUAACGUGUGAAUGGGUAAGCUUUUGAAAUGCUGCCAGCCUGGACUUUUUCUGUCCCCCAAAAAAGGAGCUUUUUUCCUUUGGGGAAGUCUGAUUCCUACAAGGUUUACACUAGUACAUACAUUCUCUGGGAAACGUACAAUACCACGCUUUUAUUCAGUCAUUUUUUUGAUUUGGAUUUCUACAUUAAUAAAAACAAAUAAAAAGCAAAAUUAUGAACAGAUCUUUGCUGAUCAUAUUUUAGCAAAUAUAUCAAAGUAUCUUACAGUUUCUCCAAAUGUGUAUGCAGACAUCCAAUUAUAGACAUUACAAUCUCUAGCUUGGUAGAGUUUUGUAUUUACUGCACAAAAUGGAAAAAUAAUGCACACCAGUAACUGCAAAUUCACUGUAAGAAGAUUUGAGACUAGGAAAAAAACUACAAAUUAAGACAGCGAGUUCAGUAGUAUUUUUUUCUUGGUUGUAAAAGUAACACAGAGCUUAACUGCAUAUUUUGAGUAUAAUGAUGUAUGCUUAAACACAUGCCACGUUAGCAUCAUCUGCACUCCCAAAAUGUGACACAUUUACAGUGUGAUCAUACCGAUGAAACAAAAACACUAAAACCUCCCGCAUCAGUCCAGACACGAGAGUGGUAUUCUUUUUCCCACACAGAGACUCUUGAUUCUUAAAAUGUCCCAUUUUUUUUUCAGUUUGUCUACUACAGCAGGCUGUACUGCAAGUAUUUCCUUGCCGCUGUUCAUGUGUUGUGUCCUUAAUAGCUAUGUGUGGUCACUGCUAUAGUCCUUUCCUCGAUCUUCCUCUUGGAUUUGACCCGUCAGUCUUGUUUUGUAUUGACAGGUCACAGCUUCCUUAUUUCAGGAAGCGUUAGCGUCGCUCCCGGAUUCUUUAUUAACAAGAUCCCAGGGGCCAGAUUUGAAUCGUGUGACUACUCGACUUGUAUAAUAAGAGGUUUAUUGAUAACUAGAGGGGGAAAAAAGUGUUAUUUAUGGAAAAAAAAAAGUUUACUUUUAUUAUUAAUCGCAACAUAUUCAUGAUGCACUUUUUAAUUAACACUAACUCCCCUCUGUGAGUAUUGAAAAAGAUGGAUGUGUGGCAGGGUUGUAAUGGGGAGGGUAAGAGACAAUAAGCACUGCUGCUGGUUGUGUUAACUCAUCCUAUUUUUCUGCUCAUAUUUUCAAAGUAAUUUAUGGUGGUUAGCGUGUAAAACAUACUGCAGUAAAACCUCUUUUGGUCACUCUGAGAACUUUGCAAUAAAGAAAGAAGUCACAGCUUUUGUUUACUGUGCUUUAAACACAACCAGCGACUUGUCCUCCCCAUUGCAUUUUUUCAAUAGCAUACAGUGAAACUACGUUUAGAAAAGGGAUAUGAUUAUGAUGGUGUUUGUGGGAUUUUUAUUGUGAUUAUAAUGAAUAACUAAUAGCUGUUUGUUGUUGACUUUUCACGGAAGGAGGUGGUUAACACUUAAACCUGCUGUCUGUCGCAAUGUCAUGGCAUGAUUGUGUUUUCCUCUGUAAUUUGUUACCACACACACACACACCAACACACUCCAGGUUCAGUUUAGGUUGGUCUUGUCGUGAUAAAUGCAUGAUACAUUAUAGGAUCUCACAGUUCACCGGGUAAUUUAAGUAACUCUUUCAAGCUCACCAAUUAGUUUUUUUCCCUUUGGGUAGAGGCUCACCUGAACAUUUUACAAGCAGACCUGACCUCGAAAAUCUUUCUGUUCUUGAUCACUAUUCAAAUAGCAACUGAAGCUGGAAAAAAUAGUUUUGCUUUCAGGUUCGGAUUUAAAGGCCUAGCGUGGGUGACAGUUUCUCUCUGGUUUGAUAUUCAAGGAAGCAGGGCUGAUUCAGACAAUCAAAUAUGUAUCAUAGUUUUUGCCGAUUUAAGAGGCUGCGUAGCCAGAAAGUCGAGAGAAGCUGUGACAAAGUGACACUGGAGGUUGUGCUUAAAAAAGAUGCAGACUUUUACCCGAUUUGACACGAGAAACCUUACGCCUCAUUGCCAAUUUCACUCCUUUUACUCAUCACGGGGUAUAUAACUGUUGACUGUCUUGUAACAUUUCUACUCUGACAGGCUAUGAUCUCCUUGACUUGAAAAAGCAGGCAUACCCUGCAAACACACUGUUUUAAAUCAUUUGCUAGUGACCUUAAAGUUCCUUGAUGAGUCAGUUGGGAAUGGCAGUGAAAAUCUGAUCUGCAUUAUUCACCGAGGGAAACUGAACGGUGCAUCAGUUAUGAAUAUUUACUCGAGGUGUUGAUUGAUAGAGAUGUUCCACAUGUCAAAGAUAACACAGCACACGAACAAAGCAGGGAGCUUACCGAACGUUACCUGACUUCCAGAUAUCCAUUCAUCUUGCUGAAUAAUGUCGGUCGCAGCAGCCGAACAGUGUUGAUUUGUGAUCUGGACCGACAAGCUCAAGUCAUCUGUGCAAGUGUGCUCGGCUUGGUCACUGCAUGAAUAUGUGACCUUGCCGCAGGUUCAUGCUGUAACUCGGUCCUUAUCUUCGAGAUAGGGUUUCCUGUCGAGUCAAACAUAUUCUCAAUUUUUAUUUUUAUUUUUUACAAUGGGGGGAAAAAAAACUUCGAAAGCAUACAGAAAAUGUUCAUUGCCAUGCAUAUCAGAUCAUCUGCAGUGCUCUUUUUUUGUGUCACAAGUCAAUACAGUAAAAUAUAUACGGUGAAUGAUUUUCAAUAGCUACCCACUCCUUGUAGUGCAGUGUAAUACCCUAGAGACAAUGCAAUAGAUUCUCCUUUCUGCUUUUCUGUUUGUGUAACUUGGAAAAUGUUUUUUGUUUUGUUUUUUACAACUCAAAAGAAAGGCACUCCUCUCCUUUUGACAUUUGGACCUUAAUUUAAAAAAAAAAGAGAGAAGAAAACUGAAACAGCACAAAAAGAGCAGUUUUGCCUUCCUGCAAUGCUUCCUGUUUCCAUAGAUAUAACAGAUAUACUUUUAGUCAGAGAGGAAUGUAAAUCAUAGGGGGAAAUAUAUAUUAUAUAAAGUUGUAUAUUAUACAAAAUAUAUAUGAACCAAUGUUAUUUAUGUGAAUUUAAGUCCAAUUAAAAGUCUGAUCCCAAAAACUGUUGGAGUCAAGAGUUUCUUUUUAGGUUUGCUACUCAAAAAUGAUACAACUGCUAAAUAUAAUUUCAAGUAUUUACAGAAAAAACUGAGAUCCAAGAGAGGAGUGAAGAAAAAAAUUCCAGGGUUGGACAGGGCGAUGCUCCUAUCCUAAAGUCUCAAACUGUUCUUUAAUCAUGUUGAUGUUUUAACCAGGUUUACGACACUGGAAAGAUUCAUAAUAAAUCUCCCUUUAAGCAGCUUGUGAAACACAAACUGUUUGCCUCUCACAGGUCUUACAAACAUGUACGGGAAUUUAAACUACAACCCACAGCUUUCAAAGAGGCUGAGCCCUGGAACGGUACAUGGGGCAGUAAGGUUGCCAGGCUGGCAGGUCAUCCAGAGCUCAGGGUGGGGUUUGUAGGGCUAUACCCUCUUAGCCCUCAUCUGCCAUCACUGGCACGAGUUACUCACUACAACUAGUACUGUAGUGCAUUGGCCCCAGCACUGCCUGCGAGCAUGGCACAAACACAAACACUGACCCUGAAAGGAUGAACAGCCCGCUCAUGUAAUUUGCAUUUAAUUUGCUUUGAGGCAGCAGGAAUGCUCUAACAGUGUAAUAAGGGAACCAGGGGAAUUUCAGCUGGCUGAACAAUUCAAAAUGUAUACUAACAUAUAAGAUGACAGCUGUGGGCCUGUGUGGAGUUUGCAUGUUCUCCCCAUGUCUGCGUGCGUUCUCUCCAGGUACUCUUGCUUCUUCCCACAUCCAAAGACAUGCCAUUAGUGGGGUUAAGUUAAAUUGUGAUUAUCCAAUCCAUUGUUUGAUGGAUUGGCUUAAAAUGCAUCACACGAGCAGAUACACCAGUGAGUUCAUACCCAUCUUUACGUUCUGGCUUCAUUAUAGUGUCAUCUACUCACCAGGAAACUUGUAACUGUAGCCUGCACGCUUUGAGGCAUGUGGACAAAAUCUGCCCUUUGACUGAUAUACAUAUAAAUACCAGUCAAAGUACACUCAAAUGCUUUUGCAGUGCCUCUGGUUAUAGUAUUCAAGCCAAAUCUCUGCCCUUAUAAAACACUCACAGACAAACUCACAAAGUGAAAACGAGACCAGACACUCUCUUGCAGCUGCUAAAUGUGGUGGUUUAAUGCAUUCUGCCCUAUGACCUUCUCUCUCUACCAAGAACGCCAAAGGACCGCUCUCAGAAACAGUGUAGAAGAGCUUGUUUUGUAAAACAGGAAAAGACUAUAAUAAGAUCCCUGCUUCUCUACAUUUCCAUUACUAUUUAACUAGAAGCUACAUGUUGAACCUCAUUACCUGAUUAACAUGAUAAUGUAGUGCCUAAUGUAGAUUUGCUUAUUGAAUAACAUAGACAGGCUCAGAGAAAUCCAGUUUCAACCUAUUACCUCUCCAUUAUGUCACUGCAACUUCCCGGAAGGUUUGGAGACAUUAUGAUUAUAAAUAUAUGUGCACAUCUAUGCAUAUGCAGUAUUUAAUCCUGCGUUAUGAAUCUAUCUCAUUAGGCCAGGGCUUUUUUAAAAUCUAGUUGACCUGUGCACUGAUGGAUUACAGGGCUCUGUGACGUAACUCCAUCCAGGUUAGGCCACAGGUUUAAAGAUUGGGGCACUGUCUACCUCUCCGUGUGUGACAGAUUAGCAAACGGUUAAAUGUGAUACUCGCUCUGCCUCUGCUCCCUCACACUGCUAGCAAGCAAAC